CAAAUAACUUCUGUCUUAUUCUUCAAAAUGUUCGAUCUCUGGGUACAGCUUUGAAUAGUUUGCAACUUAUGGCUGGUGAAGAAGGUGCAGACGUGUUGGCUAUUACAGAACAUUGGAAAUGUUACUGUCGAACACAAGGAAAACAUGGUGGAUCUGCAAUUUACAGCAAGGAGAAAUUUAAGUGUACUGAGAGGACGGACUACAGUCUUCUGAGCGUAUCAAACAUAAUUGAAUGUUCUGCUGCACAAAUUUAUCUUGAAAAUUAUAAGAUACUCAUUGUUUGUAUUUAUAGGCCAAACACCCAGCCAGUAGCAGAUGUCGACCAAUUUCUGGAAGUAUUAAGAAUCAUUCUUGAAAAAUGCACAGUCGAGAAGGGUAAAUUCAUUUUGGUAGGUGAUUUUAACCUGGACAUCCUUUCUGAUUCUACCAAUGUCAGUGAGUUUAAAUCUCUUUUAGAAAAUUUUAACCUUGACUUCACUAAUUUUGUGCCCACCCGCCCUGCUUCUGGCUCCUGUUUGGAUAAUAUUAUCACGCCCCUUCCGGGUCAAACUCGGGUUUUAGAGUAUCAUAUAUCCGAUCACUGUGCGUUGAAAUUUGUUGCCAACUCUUUAUACAGUAAUCAUAUAAAUAAGAGAAAAAUUAAAAGGAGAAUUAUAAAUGAUGGAACCAUUGCAAAUUUCGUGCAAAAACUAACUUCAAUAAAUUGGGAUGACAUCUAUACCUGUACAAGUGAUCCAAAUCAACUUUGGAAUAUUUUUCACGAACGUUUUUCCAAAACUUUUGAGCAAUGUUUUCCCAAGGUUGAAGUUUACUUAUCUUCUAAUGAAAAGAACAUCAAAGUAACACCCGAUGUCGAGCAUCUGAAGGACAUUUUAGAUAAGCUCUAUAUAGUUUCAUUUGCCAGACCUGAAUUUAAAGCAACGUACAUUUCAAUAAAAAAACAAUAUGACAACUCACUGUCCCAAAAAAAGAAAGAUCAUUUUAACAGCCUAAUUCGUAUUCAGAAAAUAAGUCAAAGGCUUCAUGGAGGGUAAUAAAUUCUCUCACUAAAACUGGGAGUUCUCGGGAAAUUUCAUAUGAUCAGGGUGAUUCCUCGUGUUUACCAAAUAGAUUCAAUGACUUUUUCGUGGACUUUCCGUCUGAUAUCACUGAAAUGCUGGAAAAAACUACCCCUGAUGAUAGAGAUAAACUCGAUAAGUCAUUUUUCAUGUUCGAUGUUUCACAUGAUGAUGUAUAGAAAGCUGUUAGGUCUUUAAAAAAUAAAUUAUCUUGUGGUUACGAUGAGAUACCGAUAAGAGUUUUGAAAUCAUCGAUCAAUAUUAUACUCGAACCACUCAGCUUUAUUAUUGACCGCUGUUUCAAAGAGGGAAUGUUUCCGGACCAACUGAAAGUUGCCAUUCUCAAACCUCUACAUAAAAAGGGAGACAUCAGUGAUCCAAAUAGCUAUAGACCGAUUAGUAUUCUGCCCUCUUUUUCAAAAGUAUUCGAGAAAAUACUAACUGCUAGAUUACUGAAAUUCUUCAAGAAAUUUGGUGUGAUCUCAGAAUGCCAACAUGGGUUUGUGAAGAACCGAAGUACUGAAACAGCUGUCUAUGAACUUAUAAAUGAAGUUGUGGUGUCUAUUGAGCAGGGAGAAAUCCCAAUCAGUUUAUUUCUGGAUUUGACAAGGGCCUUCGAUUGUGUGGAACAUGGGAGAUUGCUGGAAAUUCUGGAGGAUUGUGGUAUAAGGGACAAUCAGUUGAGACUAUUGGAGAGCUAUUUAACAUCAAGAAAACAGAUAGUUGUUAUGGAGAUUGAUAGUGAAAUAUUGGUGUCAGAUGAAAGAGAAAUCUUGAUGGGCCUACCUCAGGGAAGUAUAGCCGGACCUGUUCUGUUCAUCGUUUAUAUUAAUUUUCUACCAAAAAUGCAUAAACCUAGGAGAUUGAGGUGUUCGACGAGGAUGUUUGCAGAUGAUGCCAAUUACUUGAUCAGAUCCUCAAGUAUUUCAUCUGCUGUGGAAGAAUCGAACAGUGUUAUCAAGCUUGUCGGUAAUUGGUUAAGUAACCACAACCUCAUAUUGAAUUUGGGGAAAACUCAAUGCAUGUUUUUUUAUAGUGACAGAUCUAGACUGGACUAUCCCGAAUCAAUAAAUGAUUCUGUUAUGGUUGAUGAUAGUGUGAGAUUUUUGGGAAUUGUGCUCGAUAAACAUUUGAAGUGAGGACCCCAUACAGAACAACUUAAAAGUCGGUUAAAUUCUGCGUGUUAUGUACUAUUUAUGUUAAGAAAUCAGGUGGAUUUUGAUUUACUCAAGAUGGUUUAUUAUGCAAACUUCCAUUCAAUCCUUUCAUAUGGGAUAAUUUUUUGGGGUAGCUCUUCAUUUAUGAAUGGCAUCUUUGUUAUCCAGAAGAGAGCUUUAAGAACCAUGCUCCACUUAGGCUUUAGACAAUCUUGUAGAGGAUUUUUUAGGGAUAAUAAUAUACUAACUACCUAUGGAUUGUAUAUAUAUAGGUUACUGAUUUUUUUCAGCAAGCAUUGUCAUUAUUU